AUGGCAGAACUGCAGGCAUUGCCUUCCUACAUGCCACUAGAAGCCCCAGUCCCUCCAGUGCCUUCAACUGAAAUUUUGACUGAUCUUCAGUGGGAGACCCUUCUGGCUUUGGCUGAUACUGUCAUACCAUCUGUCCGUGUUGGUGCAGACGCCUCGCCUAACCAGAAAAACGUCACAGAUGGGCAGUUUGAAUCUGCAGUGUCGAAACUAGCGGCAAAUAUCCGGGUACCUAACGCUACAGAUGUGGCCAGGUUCUACUUGCAAGAGAAUGCCUCGUCUCUCCGAGGAUUCAGAGAUGGUCUUCAGUGCCUUUUUGCAAAUGACGUUCAUGAAGAGGGCCGGAAAGGGCUCUGCAUGAUAUUGGAUGUUCUUAAUACCCGUGCGGGUGCUCUUCUCCUGACUGGUUCGAUGAUUCCAGUUCAGAACCAACCACUGAAAGUCCGCGAGCAAAUUUUUACAGCGUGGGGAUCAUCUCGAUUGCCCCCAAUUCGUCUCAUUCACAGGUCUUUGUUGGCCAUGUUUAAAAAGACAUGGAUGGUUUCCAGCCCUACAUUGCCGAUCGCUGUGGGAAUCCCUCGAGUUCCCAUGCAUGGGAAGCCCGCCGAUGGCUUUGAGUACGAGUUUCUGCAGUUUUCUCCAAGCAAUGACCCGGAGAUCAUUGAAACAGAUGUGGUUAUCAUCGGCAGUGGCUGUGGUGGUGCUGUCACAGCUAAGAAUCUUGCUGAAGCCGGUCACCGCGUUUUGGUCGUCGAAAAGUCAUACCACUACCCAUCAAAAUACUUUCCCAUGGAAACCAGUAAAGGCCUUGUGAAUUUGUAUGAGGGGGCGGGCUCAGCUCUCACUGAUGAUGCGUCGGUUGCACUCUUUGCUGGCUCAACUUGGGGCGGUGGCGGCACGAUCAACUGGGCGUGUUCGUUGCAAACUCAAGCCUUUGUACGCAAGGAAUGGGCUGAUUCGGGCUUGCCCUUCUUCACCUCGGCCGAGUUCCAGAACUCUCUGGACCGCGUCUGUGACCGAAUGGGUGUUGACUCGAAGCACAUUAAGCACAAUCGGCAAAAUCAGGUCAUCCUAGAGGGUGCUCGAAAGCUCGGGUAUGCUACCGAGAUCGUUCCGCAGAAUACUGGUGAUGAAGAACACUACUGUGGGUAUUGUACAAUGGGAUGCGCCGCGGCGGGAAAGAAGGGGCCCACCGAAACCUGGCUGGCGGAUGCGGCUAAGGCUGGUGCAAUCUUCAUGGAAGGUUUCAAGGCGGACAAGAUCACCUUUACUGAAAAAGGUGGAAUACUCAAUAAAGAAAAGAUUGUCACUGGUGUGGAAGGGACCUGGACUCCGAGGGACUCUUAUCUCGUUCCGGAGCAGGGUAAUGCUACGAAACGGAAGAUUGUGAUCAAGGCGAAGAAAGUGAUUGUGUCAUGUGGCACUCUCAAUAGCCCUCUUUUGCUUCUUCGCAGUGGCUUGACAAAUUGGAAUAUCGGUCGAAACCUUCAUCUGCACCCAGUGCUUUUUGGAGCUGCCAUCUUUGAUGAAGAGAUUCGACCCUGGGAGGGCUCUGCACUGACCACCUUGGUCAAGGAAUUCGAAAACCUCGAUGGCCAUGGUCACGGUGCCAAGGUCGAAGCAACCGUCACCCUACCGCCAAUGUAUCUACCAACUUUCCCCUGGCGUGAUGGACUCGAUUAUAAAAUGUUUUGUGCCAAUCUUAGCCACAUGACAAGCUUCAUCUCCAUCACCCGGGAUCGAGAUUCUGGACGAGUCUACCCAGACCCGGUUGAUGGAAGGAUUCGUGUACAGUACACGCCUUCGGCAUUUGAUCGACAGAGUGGCCUGGAAGCAUUGAUCGCCAGUGCGAAAAUUGCAUACGUCUCUGGUGCAAAGGAAUACCACACUUCUUAUGCAGAUAUGCCACCAUUCUAUCGAUCCGAAGAGGCUUCAGGGCCCGACGGAAUAGAUGAGGGUAUAAACAAUGUGGAAUUCCAGAAAUGGAUAGGUCAACUCCGUCAGAAGUCGCCGCUAAAUGUGGAGAAAGCUUUCUUUUCCAGUGCGCACCAGAUGGGUACAUGCCGAAUGGCUAACACUGCAGCCAAGGGUGUUGUGGACCCUGAAUGCCAGGUUUGGGGCACGAAGGGGCUUUAUGUGAUCGAUGCGUCGAUUUUCCCCAGUGCUAGCGGCGUGAACCCAAUGGUCACUAACAUGGCUAUUGCUGACUGGGCCAGUAAAAAUCUGUCGAAGGACAUGCAGAAAGAAGAGACGACUGAUAACCCGUCAGCGCGGCUGUAA